UUCAUCGCCAUCAUCCAAACCCUCCUGUGUCUCGGAGCUCCGUCAGUUUCGGCGAGAACACGAGCCCCCAGAUCUCCCGGAUCUGCCUCCAGAUGGAAGUCGGCGGCGCCGAUCUGAGGAGCAGCAUCAAGAAGUGGAAGAUCAUCUACCCGGUGUACCUCAACUCCAAGAAGACGGUGGCCGAGGGCCGCCGCAUCGCCGCCGCCAAGGCAUGCCCCGACCCCACCUGCAUCGAGAUCGCCGACAGCUGCGCCUUCCUCAAGAUCCCUCGCGCGAUUGAGUUGGAUAAGGCGUAUCCGCGAGAUUUCUUCCAGGUGGGGAGGGUGAGGGUGCAGCUCACCAAUGAUGACGGCUCCCCAGUCAAUCCAGCUAUCAGAACAAGUAAGCCCUAGAAACUACUC